AUGAACAACAAUUCAAAGAAUUCAUCUCACUUGUUGGAACCAUUCAAAGUCAUUGGUCUGGUUACGAAUCAUGUUGUACCAGCUAUUAGCUUUCAGUCAUCAAACGGUUCUGCUAUUGAUUCGGAUUUAAUAGAUGAUGCUUUAAUUUAUUCUGCUAUUGGAAAUACAUUUUAUGCAUACGGGGUAAAAUCACUUAUUCAUAUUGAUAUUGGUCCACAAUUACCAGCACCAAUUUGUAAUAUGCUCGUUGAAAGACAAUCUACACUAACAACACAUAGUACCUCUCAUCCAACUCAACGUGAUAUUCUCUUUGUUGCUUGUGAAGAACACUCAAAGAUUUAUGUUUUACGUGGUGCUAGGGAAUUGAUAACCAUUAUUGAUACAUCAAAGGAUAUGACAAUUAAGAGUGGUAAAAUAAUACAAUUACUUAAAAUUGGACAAUAUUUAUUAGUAUGCUUUGAACAUGCUAUUGCAAUUUAUGAUACAUUCCAAAUUGAAGAUCCUUUUGUUACUUUAUGUGAAUUGCCAAAGGAUAGUACAUUGACUUGUGCUAUUCACUUGCAAACAUAUUUGGAUAAAUUAAUAAUAGGAACAAAAGAAGGUCAUUUCAUUUUGUACAAUUUUAGAGUUGGAAAGGAAAUUUAUCGUUUUUCGAAACAUUUAAAUACCUUUUUGAAGGAAAAAAAGAAGAUUAAUGAGGAAGAAGAUUUAUUACACUCAUUGUUAAAUACACAAAAUACUGAUUCAAAGGAUGAUACUGUAAAUGUUAGUGUUACAUGCAUCAAGGCAUCUCCUGCUUUGGAUGUUAUUGCUGUAGGAUUGUCAUCAGGUCACACAAUGUUGUAUCAUGUUAAAUAUGAUCACAUCAUUAAUGUUUUUAAACAAACUGGACCUGUUAGUGCCAUUUCAUUCAGAACAACCUCUCCAACAGUCAGAGAAGAACAACUCUUCAGUCAAACAGUCAAUUCUGAAGAUUCACUGGCAACAGGUAAUCACACUGGUGAAAUUUCAAUCUUUGAUUUGAAUAAUAAUCAACUCAUUCACAGAAUUAAGAAGAAUGACAGACAUACAGGUCCAAUCACUUGUUGUGAAUUCUUACCAGGAGAACCAUUCAUGAUCACUGCUUCCGCUGACAAUGUAAUGUGUACAGUUGUUUUUGAUCGUGUUGACAAACCUCGUGAAGUUGUCUGUAGAAUGGGACACAAAAAGGCACCAAAGAUUAUCAGAUUCUACGAUCCAAUGGGUAAUUACAUUGUUACUGGUGGUGUUGAUGGUCAAAUCAGAGUAACUUCCCUUAUUGAUCCAAAAGAAACAAGACAAAUUUCACAAGCUGAAAAUUCUCACUUGUGGAAACAAGCCAAUAAGAACCAAUCUCAAAUCGAUAUUAUGCCUGCAGUAACAGAUAUGGAUAUUUGUUAUUUGAGACAAGACGACUGGAACAAUCUUGCUUGUUGUCAUUCCAACUUGAACCGUGUGACGUUGUGGAACAUUAAAUAUCUCAGAUCUGAUAACCAAACUCUCUACAAGCCUGAACUCAAAUUUGGUAUUCCUCAAUCAGUGGCACUCUCUAUUUGUGGUAAUUUUUCAGUAGUUGGUACAAACAAGGGAUAUUUGGAAAAGUGGAUUGUCCAAUCUAAGAAUAUGAAACACUUGUAUACAACAAAUGAUAUCAAGAAGGAGUCUGAAGUUGAAAUUAGAAAGGUUUAUGAUUUCAAGGGAAGACAAAAGAAGUUGAAAAAUUAUGUUACCAAGUUGGAAAAUGUUGCUCACAACUCUUCCAUCAACUCUGUUAUCAUUGAUAAUACUAACACUAAGGUAUGCAGUGGUGGACAUGAUGGACUUCUCAAGAUUUGGAGAUUUGAUGCCGAAAAGGUUGAAAAUGUCAAGGACCAAUUAAUUGCUAGUUUUGAUUUGAAAUCACCAAUUUUAAAGAUGGUCAAGAGUAAGAACUCUGCCUCUGCAAAUUUUGUAUCUGUUGCAACUGAAAACUUUAAGAUCCAUGUGUUCGAUUUAAAUACUUGCAAAUUAAUUCGUACAUUCCACGGUCAUCAUGUCAAUAAGGUUAAUGACAUGUGCUUUACUCAUGAUAAUCGUUAUUUGGUUUCAUGUGGUAUUGAUGGUUACAUACUCAUUUACGAUAUUUUAACAGGUCAAUUAAUUGAUUGGUUGCUUCUUCCAAAACCAGCAACCAGUUUAGAUUUCCAUCCUGAAGGCUUAUACUUGGUAACAACACACGUCGGAUCAGUAGGUGUUUGUAUCUGGGCUAAUAAGGCAAUUUUCGGUAAUGCCUUGUUACAAUCUGUUAAUGCUCCAAAACCUAUUGCUUUGCCAUUCAGUGGUGAUAGUAUGUUUGUUACUGAGCGAUCAACAGUUGAUGUCAAACUUCUUGAAAAUUCCACUGAAAAUUCAAAGAAGAAGAGAAAGAGAGCCAUGAAGAUUUUGUCCAAAGUCGACGAUUGGAUGAAACAGGAUGGAAGUGAUAGUGAUGAUAGUUUAUCUGAAGAUAGUGACGAAGAAGAAGAGGAUGUUAACAAUGUAAAGAAGGCUAACAAUGAUCAAACUUCUAUUUCAAUUCAAGAACCAGCCAACUUUAUCAAACUUUCUGGUUUGCCAAAGUACAAAUGGCAUUCUCUUACACAUUUGGACGAAUUAAGAAAGAGAAACAAACUUGAUGGUAAGAAGGGUACUCUUGAUUUGGAAGAAUUAGAUGUUUCAGGAGUUGCACCAUUCUUCAUUCCAACUGAACCAACCUUUGGUAAGAAUAUUAAAUUUGCCGAGAAGUCAACCGAGAGCAAGAUUUUACAAAACUCAUCUAACAAGAUGAAUAGAAAGGCCAUGUUAACAAAUCCACUCAUUGCCAACAUUAAGAAGGAUAAGGAUUCUAGCUCAAAUAGUUAUAUCAAUACCUUGAAAUAUAUCAAGGAGUCUAAUGUUAAACAUGUUGAUUUGGCUGUAAGAACACUCUCUGCCUUUAACCAAUACGAAGAGUACAAGUUGAUACUCGACUUUUUCUUGCACUAUUUGGAAGUAGAGUAUACAGAAUUUGAUUUGAUUCAAGCCAUGAUUAAUUUAUUCUUGCAAAUACAUGCCGAGAUCCUUGUGGAUGCCAUUAGAGAUGACGAUCAAAUCAGACAAUUUGUGGAUAGACUUUCAUCUGCAAACACCAAUUCUUUCAAAUCUCUCGAUGAUAUGAACAAGUAUAACCAAUGUAUGAUUGAUUAUAUGUCAUUUGGAGGAGUCUUCAUAUAAAAAAUUUAAAUCAUUUUACUGUC